AUAGGAAAUCCUAAUUAUACGUCAUCAUUCUACAGAAACGAACGAGUUAGUAAUUGUAUUGCCUCAUCUGGAUAUAGUAUAUACCUUCACCAAUAAUGAUAAUCGCUGUCUUGCUAGCCAAUAAUAUAACUUCUCGAUAUGUAACAACAAACCAUAAAAAGUAAUUUUGCAUUGGUUAUUUGGUAUGUAUUGUUUUUUAUUUCCCUCCGAAAGUUCCUGAUAUGCUUUUGGUGUUUUCUUAACAACGCAAAUCGAUUACUAAUAUACUGACGAAGUAUAGCAUUCAGCGACAAUGGCAAAACAAGUAGCAUCUAGCUCCACCAACAACUCGAACACAAUCGAAUGUUCUAAAGAAGACCAAUCAGUAAUUGACAAAAGUGAACCAUACGAUCAGUUAAUGAAAGGAAUAGAAGUGCAAUUGCAAAAAUUCUCUGGAGCUGAUACGGUGCUUAUUGGCAAUUGUCCCCAAAAUGUGAGCGAAGACGAUUUAAACAAAUUUUUUCACGGAUUUGCAACCAUAGUGAAAUUACAAAAAGUAAAAUGCAAAUCUCUAACGACCGUAAUAUUUAUAGCCAAAUUCGACUCCGCCGAAUCUGCUUCACGUUCCAAGGUGCUGAACACUUUGGGUUUGAACGGAAAAAAGAUUCUUCUCUAUAAGUCUGACGGAAAGCAACUGUUCAAUAAAAGUAAUGUUGUGGAAUUGAAUGGAUUACAAGAACACUCAGAGGAAGUAAUCUACGACCACAUGUCAACAUUUGGCAACAUAAGCUUUAUAUUGAAAACAGUCACCGUCACUUAUAUCGUAUUUGAAGAAUCAUCUGCCGUUGGCGCUAGCAGCCAGUGUGAUUACCUGGAUAAGUACCCAGUAACAAUAAGAUCUGUUUUAGAUACAACCGCUGGGGCGAUUGAAUCUUGUAUCCUUGAACAAAUAGAGCAGAAUAAUAGCUUGCUGGUUGAGGAAACCCAGAUCAACAACUUCAUGCAAUUACUUGAUAUGGAAAAUCUAGAUGAAUAUUUGGAUCUGGAUGAUAAGGAGCGGAGUUGUAGUAUAGCAGACAAACCACUAUUAGAAGUUGGAAAUGAAGAAAUCAUUGCUACUGAAGAAGAAGAUUUACAGGAAUCAUUUGAUGAUGCAGAUGUAGAUGCGAUUGAAAAACAAGCAUUACGGAAACAACAUCACCACAGCAUGAACAGGGACCAAGGUGCUGUGUUAGUGGACAGAAAGACAGUGCAACUGUUGAACUUGACAAAUAAUUGUCUGCUUUUGUCUCAGUUACCUCAGUUGAACGUGAUUUUGCAAGACUACAAAAUAGCAAACUCGAAACUACAUGGUAACAUACAGUCAAAGAAAAACAUGACUAAAUAUCAUCCUAAAACUACAAAGUCUAAAAAAACCUUAAAAGGCUUCAAGAAAACGAAAAACGCAAGCCCUACGACCGGCAAGACGGUGGUGAAAGUAUUGAAUGACGACAAUAGAGAUCUUGUUAAGCAAAAUGAAACAUCUGAUUGUACAAACUUAGAUCACAAUACAAAUACUAAGAAGAAAAGUACAGUAAAAAGAUCCAAUGCAAGUUUUUUGAAAGCUAAAUCUGACAAACACUCCAGAAAUGUUCAAGCAAGUUCUUUCGAUGUCGUAUCGACAAAACAAGAUAUCAAGGAAUCGGUGGUUUGUGCUGUCGAAAAAAAAUCCGCUGAACACAAGCAUAACGAUGUUAAAAACAUGUGCACUAAAAUCAUGGAUGUAUCUACGGAUAGUCCUGGAACUGAAACCAGUACUUCAUUCUGUUCUAACUCGAUAGAAACCUUUCGAGAUUCCACCAAAGAACCCGAAACCCUGGAGAAAGACAAUAUUAAGCUCGUGGACAGUACUGCGCAUCCUAUAGUAAGCAAUGAUGAACCAUUAAAACAUGGAAGAAAAGCUUACGUCGGUUUGCAAAAGCUUAAUCUGAUGGACACGGAUCAUAUUUCGCUUGCUAGUCUAUCGAGUAAACCGAAAAAUGAAAAUAACAUGAACAAGCGAUUUGUGAAAAGAAAAAAAUCAAUUGAGCAUGUUAUUAAUAAAAGUAAAAAACUGAAGUCAGAUUUGAGGUCGAGCCGUGAAAAGACAAAAAUGAAAGUCGACGACGAAAACGACAUACCGACCGCUGAAGAUUCAAGCAGCGUAAAUUUCAACAAAAUCGAGCAAACUAGCCUUGUUCAAGAAGAAAUACAUGUAUUGCCCGGAGAUAUAGAGAGAUUGGUGGAUAAAGAAGUUGUUAAUCAAGAACGCAAACAAAUAGAAAAAUCUGAAGGGAACUCUCCAGUCAUCGAGGUUGAAUCGGCUGGAACAUAUUUUGCUGGAUAUAUGAUCCAAUCGAACACGAACGUAACGUUAAGCGAGUCCGCUCCUGAAAUAUGUAAUGCGGUUGAAAUUGGUUUGAAUGAGUCUUUGAUAUCCGAAGACGAAGGUCUCUUAGUUAUUGAUUUGCCAGUAGAGAUGACGUCGCAGUCAACAGUAACUCCAUUGGAAGAAAGGUACAACGCAGAAGGUUCAUUUAUUUCAGUUGACACCAAAAGUGCCGCAGUGCUUGGUCAAUUGGUACAAGAUCAGUGUCGCAUUAAUCUAAAUCAUUUACCUCGCUUGAAGGUAAAACUAAAGCGACUAGAUGCCAAUGAUUAUAAGUUAUCGAAAAUUAAAGAGCAUCACAAUCAUAAACCAUUGGAAAAAGUUGUAUCAAAAAAAGUUACGUUUGAUACACCAGUCAAAAGACGAGAAGAAAAACUACCAGAAAAACCACGUCAAACUGAUUUGGAGAAAAUCGACAACAAGUUUCUGCCUGCUGGAUCAAAACUUAAAUCACAAGCAAAAGCUAAGUCUAGGCCGGAAACUAGUCACAAAAACAAACAUGUUCCAGUACCAGAACUGCCUAUUGAACUUAAGGCACAUUUGAACACAAGUUUCAAAAUUCCCAAGAAAAACGUUGCAACCAAACAAGUGUCAAUAGAACGGAACCCUAGUGAAUUAGAUUGUUUGCAUCGUGAUCAAAGCGAUAAGGAAAAACAGCGAAAACGGUUCCAGAAAGAGCGGCGAAAAUGGGAGAACCGCACGGGAGGAAAUGGUCCUCGCGAGAGAAAUCAGAACAGAGCCGAAAAUCCACCUCGCGCGAUCACUCCAGACUUUUUUGAUCCAUUUGGCGAUGACUCACCACCGCAACCUGAAUCGUUACCGACACAAAAUGAAAGUAGUACGCAUCAAAAGACAAAACCUACUAUGCAAAGGGAACAACAAAGCGACAAGAUUGUCAGUUUCCAAGAAAUUUGGGGUCUUCCCCCCGAGAGGACCGAGGUGUGGGCUAAAGAACCGAAUCAGAGAACUGCUAUCAUAUCGCGAAAGGAACCUGUGAAUUCAUCACAAGGAAAUGCAUUUGCAUCAACGCAACGAGAUGACAGCAUCAAUAAGAACACUAUUGAUUCCGGCGAAAGCUGGUCACCGGGUGUUCCCUGUAUACGAUCCUCAGCAGCAACAACUGGUAUCAAUGAAGAUGAUGCAUGUCCUCCAGCAGUUUUGGGAGGUCGAGCGAGCGAAGCUAACAAUUCAAUUAAUAGGGUGUCGUCAAUGACAAGCAAUACUAUUAACGAUGGAGAAUCUUGGUCACCUGUAGCAGCAGAUAGAGAUGAUAUACAAGCUAUACAAAAAAUAACUGUUCAAAAAGUCGAUAGAGAAUCAGAGCGAAACCAAUUUGACACUGGGAGACUUCUAUCACCUGUAAGACAAGAGCGUGAUAAGACAAUAGCAGCUGGUGACAUGUGGGAUUUGGAGCCGGUGGCAACUAAUAAACAGUCAUCGACAACACGUAACCAAAAUCGAAACCAAUCUUUGGGCAUUGAAAUAUGGGCCAGCCAAGUUGCAUCAUUACCUGCCGAAAAAUCAAAAAAUCAACAGAGUACUAGAGAGUUUACUCCUGAUAAUCGGAUACAUGUGACUGCUGGUUUUGGAGGUAUACCGACAAGAAAAGAUUACGCAGACCAUCCUUCAACAAUGCAGGAUCGUCGCUCAUUUAGCUGGAGAUCACCCGAUCAGCGAAAACUGGAUCAUACAUUAAUUUCUCGGUCACCUAAUAAAAGUCUGCGGUGUCAUGAGCUGUCUCCUCCUGAAAGAAGAAGCAGUACCGAACGUCGUCGUAUAUGGAGCCGCGAAUGUUCUCCCAAUCCUCGAAAACAUAGUCGAUCUCCGACAAAUAGGAGGAUAAGAAGUAGAGAAAGAUCGCCUAUUUCAAAAAAGCGCAGCAUUGACUAUUCACCGGAAAGAAGAGUUUAUGAAAGAUCCCUUAGUCCGUGGGCUCGUUCUAUUCUAAGAUCACCAAUUGGAAGAGAUAGUCGAAGUAGAUCUCCUGUAGCAUGCAGGCGUAGCUUCAAUCGAUCUCCGAUUAUGGCAGAUUUUGGUCAAAAUUUUGAUCGAAGAAUGCAUAGUCCAGAUAGAGAUCAGCGUUUUUGGAAUCCAACACCAUCACAGCAACAUAUCUUUUCAGAACAAGGGCAGCCAUGGUCUCGUUCCCAACAAUCACCCACAAUGGAGCAAUGGAAUCCGCAAAGUGUGGAAUGGAAUUUGUCACCAAACAGAAGAUUGGACAGAACGCACCAAGACGAAUUAAAUUUCCGGUCACCGCCGAUGAAUCGUCGGAGUCCCAAAGAACGACUAGAAGCUUGUUCCCCACCUAAAAGUCAACAAAUAAAAAUUACUCAACAAAUUAAUAGUGUCAAUUCCUGUCCCUGGGCGAAACAACAAAGCUCGCAUGAUCGCGCUUACAGCCCAUCUAGUGCUUACAGCCCAUCUAGUGCUUUAGAUGCACUGAGCUCUGAAGACGAAUGUGAUUUUACUAAUCCGACGCGUAAACAACAUAACACAACAGUUGAAAAGGCUUCUUCAGCAACUCAACGGUUAUUUGAAACAAUACCAUUUCAACUUCCUUUGAGAAAUAAAGCGCAGUUUCUUGCAACAGCUGGCGACGAAAACUUGUUAGAUUCGGUGUCACCACCUGAUGAAACAGACAUGGAUUACUCAACAUGCUUUGAUAAACAGCAAAAAAUUGCGCAAACGACAACCGAUCAAAUUUAUCCGGAUGAAUUUGGUGCACAAAGUUCCUUGGCUGUAGAAGAAAAGCAUUGCAAAGGAGAUAUGUUGGAGCAACAAAAUGUGCUAGAAAAUUUGAAGCAUCGAGCAGAGAGACUAAAAAAAUUAGAAGAAAUGAAACUAGCAAGGCAGAGGCUAUUGGUUCAGAUAAAAUUGGACAAUCAAGCCAGCAGUGAACGGGAAAUGUUUGAUACCGAUUCAGUUCCGAUAGAUUCCGCCACAUCGACAGUGCAACAUCCUCAGUCAGUGUGUGAUGAAAAAAUAUCACCAAUAACUUCACCAUCUCUAUUAGAGACGGCAGACGCUCUGUUAAGUAACCUCGAUUCUUUGCUGAGUCAACCUUCUCAAAAUCUUCAAACUGUACAACCUCCUACGAAAUCACCGGCUUCAAAUGUAGCUGUACCACCUACCCCACCAGUGCCAAAUAAAGCCACGCAGCCACCAUCUCCAGCAGUAGUAAAACCCGAGCAAGUAUCAUCCGAUAGGUGGAAGAUUCCUAGUUACUCUGCGGUGCGUGUUCCAAAUAUCGAUGUGAGUCAACCACCACCACCACCACACUCUAGUAAUCCUCUGCUCAAUUCGCGUGCAGUAGCUCCAGAGACACAGGCGCCGUCACUUCGCGGUAAUCGUUGGUCCUCAGAACGAACUUCAACAAAUCCAUUUGUUAGAGACGUUGGACGAUUCACUCAUCCACCUAUAGUUCUUGCCCAACCCAGGCAAAGCCUAAGUGAUUACACUCCAGAAGAGGAGACUUUUGAAUUACUUCCAGCCGAGGAAGUUCGCAUGCGAAAAGUCCAUGUAAAGCAGACACCCCGUAAUAAUAACAAUUAUAAUAGUAACGUGCAACAACAGCGAGAUCCACGACCAAAACCUGCCGGAAAUAGUUACGGCAUGUACCAAUCGCAAAAUAAUUUCAAUCAGGGCGGUCAGUGGUUUAGUCAAAAUCGAUCGAAUCAGCGAUUCAAUUUUCAACAACAAAAUCGCUUCAAUCGCAGCAAUCAUCAGUUUCCACAUCAGCAGAAGAACCGAAGAAAAAAACAAUUCAGUAAUUUUGACGAAAGUUGUUUCGAUAUGAAUUACUUUGAUGGGAAUGCGGAGUGAGCUGAUUAGAAAGAAUCUGAAAAUUCUGAGAGGUAAACGAACCAGAGAAAACCACAAAAUUACAAUUGAUUGUAAAAUUUCUGUAAGAUACAUUUUUUGCUGAUAGGCAAUAUCUAUUUUUUGUUUGCAGAAGUAAUAUAAACUUCACACUUUGAAAGUGUACAGUAAUAUAUUAUACAGCAUUGCGUAGAUUUUUCAUUUUACUACUAGUAAAAAGGAUAGAAUAACAAGUGGUAAAAAAGGACAAGUAUCUAUUUGAAAAAAAAAGUUUCAAUUCAAAUCCGUGGGUUCAGUUACUUGAACGUCUGCACUGUAGUUCAUGCACGAAAUUAAUGUAUUUCACAAAAAAGAAAUAAAGAACUAAUCCAUAUA